AGGAUUCAUCGGUACCAGAGCAGAAGAGAGGAGGAGGGGGGGGGGAGGAGGGUACACGACGCGCCGGAGGGGAUGGACCCGUUUGGGAUUUACCUGCUCCUCUCGCUCGCCCUCCUGCUGCCCCGGUCCAGCUGCACCACGGCCAAGGAGAUCACCUGCCAGGAGAUCGCCGUGCCCCUGUGUAAGGGGAUCGGCUACAACUACACCUACAUGCCCAACCAGUUCAACCACGACACGCAGGACGAGGCUGGACUGGAGGUGCACCAGUUCUGGCCUCUGGUGGAGAUCCAGUGUUCGCCGGACCUGAAGUUCUUCCUGUGCAGCAUGUACACGCCGAUCUGCCUGGAGGACUACAAGAAACCUCUGCCGCCGUGCCGGAGCGUGUGUGAGAGAGCCCGGGCCGGCUGCGCGCCUCUCAUGAGGCAGUACGGCUUCCCCUGGCCGGACAGGAUGAAGUGCGACCUGCUGCCGGUGCAAGGGAACCCCGACACCCUGUGCAUGGACUACAACAGAACCGACUCCACCACGGUGUCCCCCGUGCUCUCCAAACCCACCAACCACCCGGCGAAAAGUUACAUCCCCCCUAAAAACAAGCCGAGCCGACCCGGCGGCGCUCCCGGGAAAUACAAGCCGCCCGCAGCCCCCUGCGAGCCGAGCUGCAAGUGUCUGGAGCCCAUGGUGCCGCUGAACACGGACCGCCACCCGCUCUACAACCGCGUCAAAACGGGCCAGAUCCCCAACUGCGCCAUGCCGUGCCACAACCCGUACUUUACGCACGACGAGCGAGCGUUCACCGCCUUCUGGAUAGGGCUCUGGUCCGUGUUGUGCUUCGUGUCGACUUUCGCCACCGUCGCCACUUUCCUCAUCGACAUGGAGCGGUUCAAGUACCCGGAGCGACCCAUCAUCUUCCUCUCGGCCUGCUACAUGUUCGUGUCGGUGGGCUACAUCGUCAGGCUGAUCGCCGGGCACGAGAAAGUGGCGUGCAACCGGGAGUUCGACCUGGAGCACAUCCACUACGAGACCACCGGCCCUGCGCUCUGCACCGUGGUCUUCCUCCUCAUCUACUUCUUCGGCAUGGCCAGCUCCAUCUGGUGGGUCAUCCUGUCCCUGACCUGGUUCCUCGCCGCCGGGAUGAAGUGGGGGAACGAGGCGAUCGCCAGUUACUCCCAGUACUUCCACCUGGCCGCCUGGCUCAUCCCCAGCAUGAAGUCCAUCGCGGUGCUGGCGCUGAGCUCCGUGGACGGGGACUCCGUGGCCGGCAUCUGUUACGUGGGGAACCAGAACCUGGACAACCUGCGGGGCUUCGUCCUGGCCCCGCUGGUCAUCUAUCUGUUCAUAGGCACCAUGUUCCUCCUGGCCGGGUUCGUGUCCCUGUUCAGGAUCCGCAGCGUCAUCAAGCAAGGCGGCACCAAGACCGACAAACUGGAAAAGCUGAUGAUCCGGAUCGGGAUCUUCACGGUGCUCUACACGGUGCCUGCCACCAUCAUAGUCGCCUGCUACUUUUACGAGCAGCACAACCGGCAGAGCUGGGAGAUCACGCACAACUGCUCCAACUGCUUGCUGGAGCGGGACCGCAGCAGCCCGGACUACGCCGUGUUCAUGCUGAAGUACUUUAUGUGCCUUCUGGUGGGCAUCACGUCCGGGGUGUGGAUCUGGUCGGGGAAAACUUUGGACUCGUGGAGAACUUUUUGCACCCGGUGCUGCUGGGGCAGCAAAGGCACCAGCGGCUCCAUGUACAGCGACGUGAGCACCGGGCUGACGUGGAGGUCGGGCACGGCCAGCUCCGUGUCUUGCCCCAAGCAGAUGCCAUUGUCCCAGGUUUGAAUUGGUAGGGAUAGGGGGUGGGGGUGGGGGGGCAUCUUAUGAGGACUGCUAAUUGUUUGGGAGAUAACCCAUCACUCCCUGUCUUAAGCAAUUUGCAUAGUAAUGAACUGCUGCUGAGGUGUUCUCUCUCUCUCUCUCUCCACCCCCCCUCUCUCCUCUCUCUCGGAUUCUCCCAAACAUCCACACACCUCUGUGGGGAGAGCUGGCUGGAACAAUGUACCUGGCAUUCACACAGGUUUAAUUCCUCCCUGUUUGUAUGGAUCAGAGGUACACACAGACCUGGGCACUACUUGCAGAGACAGGUUUGCUCCUAACCAGCUUCACACAAAGAGCAUUUGGGUCCUCAAUGCCAUUUUAUCUACACAGUGCCAGAUAAAACAUUGUAUCAUCCAAUCACAUCAAAGAUGGUUUAAAUUAAGCCUUAAUAGUGCCCAAGUGUUGUUGUUUUGUUUUUUUUGUUGUUUUUUUUACGGGUCGUUCAUUUUGUAAUUUUUUCAAAAAUGUAUUUAUAUAAAAGUUCUGUAAGAGGAAAAAAUCGUGUACAUUUGUGUAUAAAAGAAAAAACUUUAUAAGCUAUUGUAAAUGUGUACAAAGUGUAGAUGUCUCUUUUUGUGAGAAAGCAAAUAUGAGCUUUAUUUUGACAAUAAAACAUUUUUUGAUAAAU